AUGCCCAUUAUUACCCUGUCUAUUCAGGAACUCAGUGGAGGAAAGGUCACAGGAGGGUAUUUCUACUCUGCGUCCGGGAUCUCCUUUUCUGAGGGCUGGGACCAGUCUGCUGUCCGGGGAGAGGAACGCCUUCUCAGGAACCAUCUUGCCUGGAUCACCCCUAAAACCAAGCCAAACAAACAAGCAAACAAACAAAAAGGCUGCUCUAGCCUGAAAGAGUCCCCGAGGAGAAGAAAGGAAAGGCACCCGGAAUGGCAGUGUAUCAGGAACUGUUUGUUUACCUUCAGGGACGUGGCCAUCGAGUUCUCUCAGGAGGAGUGGGACAGCCUGGACCCUUCGCAGCGGGCUCUGUACAGGGACGUGAUGCUGGAGAACUACCGGAACCUGGCCUCCCUGGAUACCUCCAUUAAUUACGUGAUCAAGGAGUUACCACCGCCAGAGGAAGACACGGAAGACGAAGACUCGUACCACACCGUGAUCAUCGGGGAAGAAGGCCAUGACAUCGAUGAAAUUGAGAGUCACUGGCUGGCCCAGGAUGAGCAGCAGCAGCAGAAGGAUAACAACAUGCUCGUGCCCUAUAACGGAAACCUCGCCGGGGGUGGGGGGGUGGGGUGCGAGCAGCAUUUCAACAAGUCCUGGACUAACCAGAGCGUUUCCGUGAGUGAGACCACCUACCAGUACUUCAGACAGGACUCCUUCCUCAGCUACUUGUUAAAACUGAAAUACAACGUAGGCUUUGCUUCAAGAACAUACAUGAAACGCUUUCAAGGUGAGUUUGGCUUACACUUUCUAUCGCACCUGUCGGAACUGCAGAGGUUUCGAACUGAGGAGGAGAUCUUUGAAUGCCGUCAGGUUGAAAUGCUUAUCAGCAACGGUUCCUUAGUUCCGUCCCUUCCAAACGCGCCGAUGAGUGGCCAGACCAACAUCUGUAGUAACUACGAGGAGAUUCUCAUGCACCCGUUCCUGCUCACCCAGCAGCAGAACAUCUACACGACAGAAACGCCGUUUGCCUGUAACGAGUCCUGGGAGGCUUUCAGCCGAUGUCUGAUCCUCAACAAUCCAAGAUUUCGCCCCGAGCACAGACCUUACAUGUGCGAUGAAUGCGGCAAAGCCUUUUCGGAUCGUUCCACUCUCGCCCAGCACAAGAGAAUCCACAGCGGCGAGAAGCCUUUCAAAUGCACCCAGUGCGGGAAGGAAUUCAGCCGACGCUCUUACCUGUGGAGUCACGUACGCAUUCACACAGGAGAGAAACCUUGCAUAUGCAAUGACUGCGGCAAGGCCUUCAACCGACUGUCCAACCUGGGCAGGCACCAGAGGAUCCACACGGGAGAGAAGUCAUUCAAGUGUAACGUGUGCGGCAAGGACUUCACCAUACGCUCGCACCUCUGGGGUCACGAGAGGAUCCACUCGGGGGUGAAACCCUUCAAGUGUGAGUACAGCAGCAAAGCGUUCACCGAACGGUCAAACCUGACUCAGCACCAGAGAAUUCACACGGGUGACAAGCCCUUCAAGUGCAACGAGUGCGGCAAGGACUUUCCCACGCACUCACACCUCUGGGGCCACGAGAGAAUUCACACUGGAGAGAAGCCUUACAAGUGUGACGACUGUGGCAAAGCCUUCACCUGGAGCUCGAACCUCAUGCAACACAAGAGAAUCCACACCAGAGAGAAACCGUUCAAAUGCAACGUCUGCGACCGGGCCUUCACCCAGAAUUCAAGCCUUACCGUUCACCAGAGAAUCCACAUCAGCGAGACGCCCUUCAAGCGCAAGGAAUGUGGCAAGGCCUUUAAGCAGUACUCGAACCUGACCCGGCACCCCAACAUCCACCCCGGGGAGAAGCCGCACAAGUGCUCCAUGUGCGAGAGGACUUUUAUGACCCGUUCACACCUCUGGGACCAUGAAAGAAUGCACAGUGGAGAGAAGCCCUUCAAGUGUCUGGUGUGCGGCCGGGCCUUUCGGAAACCCUACGACCUUAGACUUCACCAAAGAAUUCACACGGGGGAGAAGCCCUACAUGUGCAUGGAGUGUGGCAAGUCUUUUAACAGGUUUUCACAAUGGACCGAAAUCAAGUGGUUCACUACAGGGGCAACUAAGCCUGCCUUCCUGCUCAAAGAGUUCCUGCAAGUCGGCGCCAACCGGACGGCGGCUGACGGCAACAAUCCCGAAGUGGUUAAAGCAAAGCCAGUGACUGAGAAAGCCAUGAUGACAAGAAAGAAUCCUCUCGAAGUCACGGGACGUGGACUGUCAGAGGAGCAAAACCAGCCAGCGAUCUUUAUUCUCAUGAGCUUGUUUGAGAGGACCACUGUACUCCUCCUGUCAGCCCCCUGGAUAUGUGCGGUGCGUUACUGUGUGUUUCUGUUCCCGCCUUCGUCACAGACAGUGCGUGCACCAUCUUCUUCUCCGGAGGUGGGUCAGGAAGGUGAGAAAGGGACAACUUCCAGCACAUUUGUGCUCCUUGGGAAAAACACGCGCCCAGGGUCCUUGCCCACAGGUGUGUUGGUACGACUGAGGGCCCCUGGACGACCAGAAAGGAGGGCUCUGCGGCUGACCCCUCAGUUCCAGCGUGGCGACCCUGCGUUAGGACUUUUCCAAGGCUGUACAUUGAAAUGGACGGAGGUGGCCCGGUUCUCCCCCUCGGAGCCUCUGGUGGACCGGAACUGCGGGGCACGCAGCCCUGAUGCCAGCCCCGCGGUUUGCUAUGAACUGCACCACCAGAGACCCCCAUGUGAUAGACGGGGGGAGGUGACGGGCCCCUGCCCACUUGAAAAUAGCUGCCGUGUGUCAGCGAGGAAUGAAACAAAAACCCUGGUCUUUGAAAAGAAUCGGGAUCCCGCGUAUAAGGGAUUCACAGCUAGCUACUGA